GAAUGCAAGGUGAAACCGUUCUCGAAAAAUAAAGUUCCCAAUAAGUAAAAUGCUUACGAAUUGUGUUCAGUGCAAGCGUGGUUACGCUGGCAAUGGAGUUUCCUGUUUUUCGGAUUCUGAUCUGGAUGGGAUUCCAGACAACACUAUACAUGAAUGCUCCGAUUCGUUUUGCACAGCGGACAAUUGUGUAGCUACACCAAACCCCAGACAAGAAGACGCAGACGGCGACGGAGUCGGCGAUGCCUGCGACAACUGUCCAACAGAUAGAAAUGUACACCAAGUCGACUCAGACAACGACGGCUAUGGUGACCGAUGCGACAACUGCCCCAAGAAGGCAAACGUCGAUCAAGCUGACAGUAACAUGGAUACGGUGGGAGAUGCAUGUGACAAGGACGGAGACGGUAUUCCACAACCCGAGGAUAACUGCGAUGAUAUUGCAAACAGUGAUCAAGCUGACGACGACAAAGACGGCAUCGGCAAUGUUUGCGACGAAGACAAAGACAACGACGGCAUUGAAGACGGCAGUGACAAUUGUCCUAUCAUUUCAAAUUCUGACCAAACCGAUUCUGAUGGUAACGGAAUAGGAGACAUUUGUCAAAAUUUGCGUGAUUUCUGUCCCCCGAAUGGGAAAGUGACGAAGACAGAUUUCAACAAAUUUCAGAUUAUAAAUAUCAACACCGUGGAUAAAGUGGAAAUUAAUUGGACUGUAAACAACGAGGUAUGUUACGAGAGUUUUGGUGCGGUUGACUACGAAGGGAGCGUCUUCGUUGACAAGAGCGACCAAGAUAACGACAUCAUUGGCUUUGUGUUUGCCUACCAAAGGAAGGGGCGAUUUUAUGCGGCGUCUUGGAGACGGGGUGAUCAAGAUGGCGGCGUUGCUGGCCUUUCCAUUCAGAAAAUUCUGUCUGAAGACAAAAGUGGAAGUAAAUUGCAAAAAGCAUUAUGGCAAACGACUACGACAGAAAAACAGGUAAAGCUGCUAUGGCACGAUCCUGCUAAAACCCCGUGGCUGCACGGAGUCGAGUAUAGGUGGAAGCUCAAACAUAAACCAGCAAUAGGUUUGAUCAAUGUCGAGUUCUAUCGAGAUUCUACUAGAGUGGUUAGCAGUGGAGAUCUUUUUGAUAAAGAAUUCUCUGGUGGUCGUCUGGGCGUCUACUGCUUUUCUCAAAAGGACGUCACGUGGUCGAAAUUGCAAUACACCUGCACCUCUCAGUUAGAUUAUGCUCUUCAAUUUGAUGGUGUCAAUGAUUAUAUUGACAUGGGAAGAGCUCUACGUCUGCACGUUUACAAAAAGAGUUUUACUGUCAGCUUGUGGGUCAAACUACGAGCAGGAGACAAGAUUAUGCCAGUGAUUUGCACUCACGACGAUAAAUUGUGUUUCUUCAUCGACCAACGGAAGCUCAAAGCUACAUUAAAUGGACACACAGUUAUUGGACAAAAUCUCAUUGUUGGUCAAUGGGAACACAUCGCAAUGAGCUAUGACGUUCCAAGUAAAGUAUUCAACUUGUAUCGCAACGGACAUCUUGUGGAUACUGCUAGUCAAGUGUCUGCAUACACAGAAUACUUUGGGAAAGUGUUGGUGGGAAAAGAUAAAUACGGCAAAAAUGCUUUUGAAGGACAGAUGGACCAGUUGCGUGUGUGGACUAAAGCUCUCAGUUUGGCAGAAAUUAGAGACAGGGCUCUCUCGGUAAAUUUGAACCAAGUCGACAGUGAUCUACAUGCUCAUUAUCCAAUGGAUACGGGAUCAGGAAACAAACUGUAUGAUCAGACCGUCAAUGAUGUGAACGGAACACUGGUUGGAACGAAAUGGGUUGAGAGUUCUCUUUCUCAGAAGAUUAAAGAAAAGCGAUUGAAUGUUUAAAUGUAACUUUCUAUAACGUUAACGAUUUAAAGAGAAUUAUAGGUUUUCGUCUGUUUUGUUUCUAAUCGAUGUUCAGGAAACGUCAGUCAAAGAUGACUGCUCUAUAGUUUGUUAAUUAUCAGGUGGACUGCUGUAGUAAAAUGCACUUUAGCAUGUCUUUGCUACCUAUAGUACAAUGUCAAUGUUCAAUAUUUAAAAAUUU